CUUCUCUUUUUCUCUGGUCCAGUUCUCCUUAUUUUGCUUCGCGCCUUGGGCGCAAAUACCCAUGGCGGUUCUCCAGGGUGUGCGGGGCUUGUUGCAGCGGCGGGGGAUGCCGCAGCUCCCACUGAGGCCCGAUUCGAAUAAACCUUCUCCCGAAGGGCAGGAAGGUCUUGAGCAAUACGACCUCAAGGAACUCAUCGGCCGCGGCUCCUCGGGACGAGUCUUCCGCGCCGUCCGCAAGGCCGACCAGCUGCAGGUGGCGAUCAAGCUCAUGGGAGAGGAGGCUGUGGCCACCCACCGGGAGUUUGAGAUUAUGCAAGCGAUCAGCCAUCCAAACUUGAUCCGAGCGCUCGACUUCUUUCAGUACAACUGUGGUGCAGCCUUGGUUUUAACCUAUGUCCCAGGCGGCACCUUGACCCAGGCCGUGAAGGAGGGCGCGGGAUUCCUGGCCGAAGGCAAGGCCAAGCAUCUCUUUCGGCUGCUGCUGGAGGCCGUGAGCUACCUUCAUCAACAUCGGAUCGUCCACAGCGACGUGAAGUCCGACAACGUGCUGAUUUCGCCCGAUUUGGCCACUUUGCACCUCACUGACUUCGGCUCCUCCCGCACUCUCCGCGCAGGCGACCAGCCGCUGACCUCGACGACGAUCGACUUCUCAGCGCCGGAAGUUUUAGCUGGGGAAGAACCAACAGAGAAGCACGAUGUCUGGGGCGCUGGCCUUUGCUUAUAUUACAUGCUCACAGGACGUCUUCCCCGGAGCAUCAUCCGAUUUACGUGCUUUGAAGAUUUCUGCGACGCCGUCCAGUCGUCCGCCAUCAGCUGCAGCGGCCCACAUUGGCGAGCAGUCUCCGACGACUGCAAGGCCACAGUGCGGUACUGCUUGGCGCUGGAGAAGGGGCAGAGACCGGCCAUUCGACAUCGCGAAGUCAGAGAAGUCAUGAGAAAAGUCGAUUUGGAAGACUCUCGUGGCCUCCACCCUAGAAGCGAUGGCCUCCAACCUACCAGUGAUAUCUAGUGUCCGGUGAUAUCCGUUGAGCUUUUCGUGGUCUGUAGUGGCCAGCCCCCCCCAAGAAUGAGCUCGAAUUUUGCCUCCACCAAUGUGGAACCAUGUGAUUUCAUGUGAAGAUAUGUGAAGAGAUGAACUCAACAUGAACAUGUAGAUAUUUAUAUACAAUUGCAGGCAUGUCUUGAAGCGACCUUCGACUUCGCCUGAGGCUGCCAUGGUGAUCUUGCAGAUGAGUUGGCUCCGUCGUGGCGACGAGGCCCUCCGCCGUGCCAGUGCCCCAGCGCGGCCGCAGCGGCGAGUCCCGUUGACAUCGAGUGGCGGUGAGAUGGCACCGGAGGGCGAGCCGGGCGAGCACGGCGCUGGGGCCAUGUCCAUCGACACCGGCAGCUUCCGAAACAGCAAGGCUGUUUUUGCUAAGCUCCUUCCCGUACGGGAGAGUUUCCAGCUCAAGGACAUGAACACCGUCAAAGCAUCGCUCGGCGUAUCUUAGAGUUGAGAUGAGUUGAGCUCCUUUUGCAGCUUCCUCCUGGUAUCGCUACUAGGAGCCAAGGGCAUCGCUACUAGGGGUUCCUGGCCUUACUACUAGGAAAAAGGACGCUACU